AUGCCACCGGCAAUCACCCUCGACAAAGACGAAUCAGGAAGUAAAGAUGGGGAAGAACGUAUUUCUAUUUCGUGUUAUAUCUAAAGCGUCGAGCAGCAGCAGCUAAGAAAAUACUGUUCUAGUUCUGUCAACACUCCAAAAACGUAAACCCAUUUUUAUCCACCUCUUUAAAUACCCAGCUUUUAUCGGGAGUCCUGGUACACUGCCGCAGAAGAGAAAUAGCAAAGAGCAAUUUCGUAGGCGUGCAAGCACUAUUGAAAGUGCCACUGGAGAGCAAUUGAUACUGGCUCCCGAAGAAGAAACGUAUGAAAUGCGCGGACUCCUUAUCAACGUCUUCAUCUCCGUGUUGCUCGGUAUUGCUAUUAUGUCUAGUGUUAGAAAUAGAACUAGAAGUGAUAACUGAUAAGCAAGUGAUAUUAGAAAAAAUAUGCGACGUACUUGUGCAUGUGCUCUGCAUGUAAAAAAUAGUAAUUCGCAGAAGAUGUCAAUAAGGAUGAGGAAAACUUGCUUUAAAAUGAAAAGAAUGAGUCCAGCGCGUGCGCGAACCUUUUCAACACACCACCAGAACCACCACAGGUAUCCUCAUCGGUCUUUGUGGUGCCUUAUUUCACAAUGCCGUACACAUGGUUAAAGUCUUUUUUCGUGUCGUCCUCGGCGGCCUUUUCGUAGACGCUUUCGAGUGGGAUGGCUACAUCUUCAUACACAUUUAUGUCAUAUUGACUUUGCUGUUUUGGGUACUCUCUGGAAGCGUAUGAUGCUCUAGGUCCUCUUCCUCCUCUCAGGUUUCCCUGGAAGAUGGCCUAUUCCAAAGGUUUCUCACCUUCUGAAUCAGAUGAGCUUCAAACUCCGGAGAAACGUGAGACACUUUCCCAUCUUCUUCCAGAGAAACAGAGUGCUCAUUCCAAAAAUACCUGUUUCUCUUCUCCAUCCUCUAAACUCAGUGGCUAGGCGCCACGGCCACUAGCCUCGUCGUGUCCUUUAUCACACGGCAUAUGUGCCCAGAAUGCAUUGGUGGUGG